UAUUCCCUGAAACUCACAUUCUUGGGGUAUGGAGCCACUUUAACGAAAGUGUGGACACACUAUUCAAGUUUUACCUUUGCACAAGAUAAUCAGCGCACGUGUGCGAGCUCGUUCAACCCCCUGGGUCAACACUGCGCGAGACCUCUUACUCCUCAGAUUUGUGCAGCUCGGGUCGGGUGUUGGGACCGCAAAACAUCUCCGUCCGAGAGGGAAACGAGGAGAGGGAGACGCGAGAGAGAGGACAUGAACGGAAGGGAGACAGAAAUCACAGACAAGCCAAGCUGUACACACGCGUAACGCUUUUUUGGGCGUGCAGAAAGGCGCCAAACAAAGUAACCAUAACCGGAUAAAUGUAAACACUGGUAUUUUUAUUUUUUUUCCUGGACAUGUUUCCGGUGCCGGAGAGGCUUGUUUAGGCUGUGUUGUGGAAAGAGGGUUAUCCCGGCGUUUGAGAAAGACUGCUGUGUAUUAUCUAUUUUUCUUCAUUGUUUGCUAUGGAAAUUACGGAAGUUUUUGACGUUUAACUUCCCAGGAAACCUUAAAUCAAAUCAAAUGUGGUAGGUGACUCCGGGAUUUUGCUUCGACAACUAAACAGACUUGAAAACGCUGUUUUUUCCACAUUGUAUUGUAGGCUGUGCUGUUUGGUUCACUGAAAUGUGAGACACUAGUGAAGUCGACACAUGACAAACCGCUGUACCCAGCUGUUUUAUUAGCCACUACUGUAACCCUCUAUUCACGCCUUUUGGAUUGGAUAUGCGAAGCAAACUUUUUGAGAAUGAAGAGGAGAAAAUUCCCAUAGCACGUCUCUGUUGUCUGGUCACAUCGCCGCCGUCCGCUGAACUGGAUCUGUGUUAUUAUUUUAGUCUUUUUCAAGCCUUCAUUUCCAUGUUGUGGAGACAGGAGAGCUGACAUGCGUCUGGAACGGGGAUCUAGUGCGGUGACAUAUAGUUGCGAAAUAGCCUGAUUAUCAAGCUGAUAGUGAAUGAUUAAGACAUCCGGUGCAGGUAGGGAGCCGACAGUAGUGUCUGCUUGUGCGCCGUGAGCCGCUGCUUUCAGCCCGCUGUGAACCAGCUGGAGGACUCGGUUACUUUGAGUGGAGUCUCCGGAGCCGAUAUGGAGGAGUGGAGACAAUGCGGGCGGUGGUUGAUAGACUGCAAGGUCCUGCCCCAGAACCACCGGGUCGUGUGGCCCUCGGCGGCCGUCUUCGACUUGGCACAGGCCCUGCGAGACGGGGUGCUCUUGUGCCAGAUGUUGCACAACCUCUCGCCGGGAUCAGUGGACCUGAAAGAGAUCAAUUUCAGACCCCAGAUGUCACAGUUCCUUUGUUUGAAGAACAUCCGGACAUUUCUCAAGGUGUGCCACGACAAGUUCGGCCUGCGCAACAGUGAGCUGUUUGACCCUUUUGACCUCUUCGAUGUCAGAGACUUCGGCAAGGUAAUCUCCGCUCUGUCGAGGAUCUCCCACCACAGCAUCGCACAAAUCAAAGGCAUCAGGCCCUUUCCAUCAGAGGACACAGCUCUGAAUGAGGAUGAUGUGUACCGGAGCCUUGAAGAGCUGGCUGAUGAGCAUGACUUGGGUGAGGAUGACAUCUACGACUGUGUGCCGUGUGAGGACGAUGGGGAUGACAUCUAUGAGGACAUCAUUAAGGUGGAAGUACGACAACCCAUGAUCAGAUACAUGCAGAAGAUGGGAAUGACAGAAGACGACAAAAGAAAUUGCUGCUUAGUUGAGAUCCAAGAAACUGAAGCAAGGUACUACAAGACUUUAGAGGACAUUGAGAAGAAUUACAUGAUCCCUUUGAAGCAAGUCUUGAGUCCACAGGAGAUGGAGGCUAUCUUUGUCAAUCUUGAGGAUGUUAUCAAAGUCCACUUUGCCCUCCUGCGAGCCAUCGACCUGAGCAUGGUCAGUGGAGGAAGCGGGCUGGGGAAGAUCUUCCUCGACUUCAAGGAAAGGUUGUUGGUCUAUGGUCAGUACUGCAGCCACAUGGAGAAUGCACAGAAGACACUGGAUGAGCUAAUAGCAACACGAGAGGACGUCAAGAUUAAAGUAGAGGAAUGUACUAUGAAAGUGCAGGAAGGGAAGUUCAAGCUGCAGGAUCUUCUGGUGGUUCCCAUGCAGAGGGUGCUGAAGUAUCACCUACUACUGAAGGAACUUUUGAGUCGUUCAGCCGACCAACCAGAAAGACAACAACUUAAGGAGGCUCUUGAAGCUAUGCAGGACCUGGCCAUGUACAUCAACGAAGUCAAGAGGGAUAAUGAGACGCUGAAGAAAAUCAGCGAGUUCCAAAGUUCAAUAGAGAAUCUUCAGCAGGUGAAACUGGAGGAGUAUGGGAGGCCAAAGAUAGACGGAGAGCUGAAGGUGUGCUCCAUCGUCAACCGAACAAAACAGGACCGGUAUAUAUUCCUGUUUGAUAAAGUGGUCAUUGUCUGCAAGAGGAAAGGCUAUAGCUAUGAGCUGAAGGAGAUUAUUGAACUGCAGUCAUAUAAAAUGUCGGAUGACCCCAUGAACAACAGAGACAUGAAAAAGUCGAGUGGAAAAAUGUGGUCCUACGGUUUCUACCUGAUCCAUCUGCAAGGGAAGCAGGGCUUCCAGUUCUUUUGUAAAACUGAGGACACAAAGAGGAAGUGGAUGGAGCAGUUUGAGAUGGCCAUGUCCAACAUCAAGCCAGAGAGAGCCACAGCAAAUCAGCAUAACUUCCAGAUGCACACAUUUGAUAAGAACACCAACUGUCGAGCCUGCAAGAUGCUCUUGAGGGGUAUCUUCUACCAGGGCUAUUACUGCUCUCACUGUGGAACAGGAGCACACAAAGAGUGUCUGGAAGUCAUCACCAUCUGUAAAAUCAAUCCUCUUGACUUGGAACCUGGAAUAUCAUCAGGCCCCAAGAUGGUGGCAGUGAGAAACUACCAUGGCACGCCAGCGCCUCCGGGGAAGACGGCGCUCUGUUUUCAAACAGGAGAUUUUAUUGAGCUGCUGAAGGGAGAUCCUGACACCACGUGGUGGGAGGGAAAAGUGAUACAAACACAAAAGGGAGGCUUCUUCCCCAGUUCAUGUGUAAAACCCUGUUUGGACCCAAAGCCCUUCCAGUCAUUAUCCAGCCGGCAGACUUCAAGAGAGUCAGACUACUAUGGAUAUCCUUGGUUUGCGGGAAACAUGGAGCGCCAGCAGGCCGAUAACCUUUUAAAAUCCCACAGCAGUGGGACCUACCUUAUCAGAGAGAGAACGGCUGAGGCAGAGAGGUUUGCCAUCAGCAUCAAAUUCAAUGAUGAAGUAAAACACAUCAAAGUUAUAGAAAAAGACAGCUGGAUUCACAUCACUGAGGCCAAGAAAUUCGAAAGUCUUUUGGAGCUGGUGGAGUACUAUCAGGCACAUUCACUAAAAGAAAGCUUCAAGUUGUUAGACACCACCUUGCGAUACCCGUACAAGUCGAGAGAACGCUCGCUAACACGGGCCAGUACACGCUCACCAGCAGCCACCUGCGCCUCCUACAACUUCUCCUUCCUCAGUCCACAGGGCCUCAACUUCUCUUCUCAGAGCUCAGCUCCCUUUUGGUCAGUGUUCACUCCUCGGGUGGUCAGUUCAGCGGUGGCCAGGUAUAACUUUGCAGCACGAGACAUGAGAGAGCUUUCACUGCGGGAAGGAGACAUUGUCAAAAUCUACAGCAAGAUCGGUGGAGACCAGGGCUGGUGGAAAGGAGAGGCCAACGGACGAAUUGGAUGGUUUCCCUCAACGUACGUGGAUGAAGAAGGAGUGCAGUAAGGCUGGGAUGUUUACUGGCCUGGCCCGCGUAAAAAUCAGGAACCAUCUUCUAUCUACUGUUCUCAGAGAAAAUCACUCUCCAGGAAAAGAACACCAUGAAAAUAAAAAACCUUUUUGUUGUUUUUUGCUGGAUUCUCAUUUUCCAGCGAGUGUUUCUACCCUGUUUCUCCAUCUUCAAUUAUGCAUCAGCUUUGCUUAUGUUCGAUCUUUUCUUUUUUUGUUGCAGGAUGUCCUGUUUAAUUCUCUGUACAGGAAAGAAGAACAAGUGGCUUGUUGUCUGUCAGCCUCUGUGUGCUCUGCACAGGCUUUAUGAACUGAGGACACAGCAGAAACUGACUGUGGAUAGCUUUACUUUGAAAGAGGCUCCCCUUUUGUUGCAGGUCUAUGCGAGGUGAAAUAUUUGUACAGUAUAGAUAAUUUAUUGAAUAGAGAUUAUUAUCAUUACUAAUGAUUAUUUGUUGGGAGGUUGAGUUUAGCAGAAGCAAUGAAUCAGUCGAGAAAAACGAAAAUAAGGGAAGAAAAAAAAAAAAGACGGAUGCUCUGUUUUCAUGUUGAGAGAUUUUUGCCUUAGUUGUCAUGGUGAUGCCUUGUGGGCUGACACCAGUGGAGGGAAUCGACUUUGUUGACUGGUUUUACUUCUCCAUGUAUGCAUGUGCCCAUGUGCGGCCCACACAAACACACACAGACUGUACAGUACGGUGCCUUUGAAGAAUGGUCGAUGCUUGCUCAACCUCAACAUCAGCCAGUAAAGAACAUUGCCAUCCCCAAAAAUACAGUUUGUCCACAUCCAGAGGACUUUACUAAAAGGAGGGGAGAGGCACUUCUACUAAAUACUGGGGACGGCUCGCCUUCGGAGCCCUCGGAAACAAGAUGGUGAAGCGUUUAACUUAUCCUAUCCGAUGACUGGAUGGACUCACAGAGACAGUCGGAGGGUUUUUAUAGCCAUCAACAAUCACACACACUGUUCACAUCAAGUCAAUGGGUGCAAUCAGCUGGAUGCUAAAGGGAAACAUCAAGACAUUCCACUGGACGACCACUUCACUUUUAAACCUUGUGUUUGCUGUCUGAUUUCUUUUGCACAAAAUCAAGAUUGUUUUUUUUUUUUAAGUUUUGUGAACUGGACCAUUUAUUAUUUGAAGCCAAUUUCAGCCAUGUUUUAAUGUCUGCAUGGAGUUUAUGAUUUUUUGUACUUUGCCUUAUUUUUACAGAUGUUCAGGUGGUGGGAUUUAUUUUUCUUCCCCCCCCCCCCCCCCGAUGUUAAUAAUUUUUCAUGUGUAAAAUUUGGUGAUGUGCAGACUGGUGAAAAUUAAACUGUCAGAAGAUUUUUAAUCUGAAGGAAAAUGUAUGUGGUAAUUAACCUGAAUCUACAGAAGGAGCCCUUUUGUGAUCCUCUAGGGGUGCAGUGCUCAGUGUUUCCAUUUACUGCCAGGAAUGAAUACUCACUAAAAGCCAUUUAGACUGUUGACAUAAAGCUUUCAUCAGUUUUCUAUUGUCAACAUAGAUGUACCAGCUGACUUUCAAAUUGUAGUCAUACUGACAUUCAGAUGUUUAUUGACCCCGUCAGCUUUAAAAAGGUUCUAAUGUGUUUAAAUAUAAAUGUAGUUUCAUAUACAUAUAAACAGAUUUAUUCAAUAGACUAACUAUGUUGAUAUGGCCUUACCUUUAACCUUCAUAUCUCCCUCCUACACAUUUUGAUAUAGUAUUGAUAUAUCGCUAGCAGCUUAGACUGAAAUUACUUUUCAUAAGUUUGAAAAUGUUAUACAAAAAGUAAGAAAAUAAGAUACUGUACUAAAACUUGGGAAAUACAGAAAGUAGCUAAGUAGAAAGUAAUAAUUUGAACUAACUCUCACAAUCCACUGAGAAGUAAAGCAAACACUGAGCACGUCAGCUCUGGCCGGUUCACAAAGACUUACGGAGCAGAAGAUGCUGAUAUGUUUAGUUUCUAAACUUUUGACUGUCUAUGAUGUGUGUCAUUACAAAGGCUGACCGCCCCGAAAAACACAAAGUCCUAACACUGUGUGAGGGGGACACACAGGAAGCCUCCAUGUUGUCUACAAUGAGGGGGGAUCUAGUCGCUGUUUAUGUAGUGGACAAAAUCCCAUUGCAUGUGGCUAUUGAUAUUUCAACUCCUGUCAAUACGUCCUCGAAAAAAUAAGUACUUAAUCGUGUACAUUUUUUUGAAUGGUUGAGUAUUUCCAAAUGAGGUCUAUCAUGAAAUAAAUAUUUCUCUUUGGAUUAAA